AUGGACAGGAAGAAGGACAGAGGAAGGAAGGGAAGGAGAUCACCGAGACAGAGAAUGGACAGAAUGGACAGGAAGGAGAUAGAGACACAGAGAGGACAAGGAAGGAGGACAGGAAGGAAGGAGACAGAAGGGAGGAAGGAAGGAGAUAGAGACACAGAGGGAGACAGGAAGGAGACAGAGAAGGACAGGAAGGACAGGAAGGAGAGAGAGGAGAAGGAAGGAGAGAGAGAGGACAGAGGGGAACAGGAGGGAGAAGGACAGGAAGAGAAGGAGGACAGGAGAAGGAGAGAGGACAGAGGAGGACAGGAAGAAGGGACAGAGGAAGGAAGGACAGGAAGAAUCAGGAAGACACAGAGGAGGAAGAGAAGAGACAGAGGAAGAAGACAGGACAGAGACAGAGAGGAAGAAGGAGGACAGGAAGGAGAUGACAGACACAGGAAGGAGGAAGGAGAGGAGAGAGAAGGAAGAAGAGGAGAAGGACAGGAACAGAAGGACAGACAGAAGGACAGACAGACAGGAAGAGACAGGAAGAAGAGGAAGGAGAGGACAAGGAGGAAGGAAGGACAGAGGAAGGAGAGACAGACAGACAGAGAGGACAGGAAGAAGAGAAGGACAGAGGAACAGGAGGAAGAGGAAGACAGACAGGAGGACCUGAGACAAAGAAGGAGGACAAGACAGGAAGAGACAGGAAGAGAUCAGAGACACGAGGAGGAAGACAGGACAGGAAGGAAGACAGAGGAAGAAGGACAGGAGAGGAAACGAACAGACAGAGGAGAGACAGAGGAACAGACAGGAAGAAGACAGAGACAGAGACAGAGGAUGGACAAGAAGACAGAGGAAGACACAGACAGAGGUGGAGACAGGAAGGAGACAGAGAAGAAGACAGGACAGAGGAAGAAGGACACAGAGACAUGGAAGAGAAGACAGGAAGGAAGAACACAGGACAGGACAAGAGACAGGAGGAAGAAGGAAGAGGAAGGACAGAUGGAAGAGACAGACAGGAGGAAGGAAGAGAGGACAGACACAAGGAGGAAGAAGGAAGGACAGAGGAAGAAGAGAAGACAGAGGGAGAGGAGACAGGAGGAAGGACAAGGAAAAGGAUCAGAAGACAGAAGGAAGAAGGAGGAAGACAGAGGACAGGACAGAAAGACAGAGGAGGAAGGAAUGAGACAUGACAGAGGAAGAGAGACAGAUACAGGACACAGAGGAAGAAUGGACAGGAAUGAGACACACACAGAGUGGAGAAGGACAGAGGUAGACAGAAGAGAAGACAGCAGACAGAAGACAGAACAGAGAACAGAAGACAGAGGAAGAGAAGAAGACAGAGGAAGAAUACAGAAGGACAGAGAAGUGAACAGAAUAGACACAGAGACAGAGGAGAGAAAGGAAGGACAGAAGACAGAGGGAAGAGAGGAAGAGAGAGACAGAGGAAGAAGGACAGGAAGGAGACAGAAGACAGAGAAGACAGGAAGAGACAGAGGAAGAAGAGAAGGAAGACAGAGGGGAAGAACAGGAGAGACAGAGGGAAGGAGAGAGAGACACAGAAGGAAGAAGAGAAGGACAGAGGAGGAAGAGAAGGAAGACACAGUGGAAGAAGGACAGAGGAAAGAAGAGGACAGAGGACAGAGAAAUGGAGGAAGAGAAGAGAAGGACAGAAGGAAGACAGAAGGACAGAGAAGGAAGAAUAGACAGAAGACAGGAAGGAAGAACAAGGGGAAGAAGAGAAGACAGAGUGGAAGAAGAGAAGUAGACAGAGGAGGAAGUAGAAGACAGGGAAGAGGAGAGAAGAGGAAGACAGAGGACAGAGGAAGAAGAAGAAGACAGGACAGAGGAAGAAGAGAGGACAGAGGAAGAAGAGAAAGAGAAAGGAAGAAGACAGGAAGACAGAGGGAGAGAAGAGAAGGACAGAGGAAGGAGAAUAGAAGACAGAGGAAGAAGAGACAGAGGAAGAGAAGGACAGAAGAGAAGGACAGGGAAGAAGAGAAUAGACAGAGGAAGAAGAAGGACAGGAUAGAGGAGGAAAGAAGGAAGGAAGACAGAGAGGAAGAAGGAAGGACAGAGGAAGAGAGGAAGGACAGGGGAAGAAGAGAAGAGACAGGAAGAAGAGAAGGACAGGGAAGAAGAAUGGACAGAGGGGUGGAAGAGACUGGAGGAAGAAGGAGGAGAAUCCAGACAGAAGGACAGAAGGACAGAGGAAGAAGAGAAGAGGAAGAAGGACAGGAAGAAGAGAAGACAGAGAGAAGGAAGAAGAGACAGAGGAAGGAAGGAAGAAGAGACAGAAGGACAGAGGACAAGAAGGACAGAGAAGGAGAGAAGAGAAGAGAGGAAGAAGAAGGAAGAGAAAGAGGAAUAGAAGGACAGAGGAAGACAGAGGAAGAAGGACAGAGAAGAGAGAGACAGAGGAAGAAGAGAAGAGAGAGAAAGAAGAGACAGACAGAAGAGAAGACAGAGGUGGAAGAGACAGAGAGAAGAGGAAGACAGAAGAGAGGAAGGAGACAGAGGGACAGAGACAGAAGGAGGAAGAGGAGACAGAAGACAGGAGGAAGAAGAGAAGACAGAGACAGGAAGAAGGACAGGACAGAGGAAGAAGAGGAGAGAAGAGAAGAACAGGAAAGAGGUGAAGACAGAGGAAGAAGAGACAGAGACAGGAAGAAGAGACAGAGGAAGAAGGAAGGAGACAGAGGAAGAAUGAGAAGGAGGAAGAAGGAGGAGACAGAAGGAAGAAGAGACAGACAUAAGAAGAGGACAGAGAGGAAGGAGAGGAAGGAAGAAGGACAGGAAGAGAAGAAGAGAGGGAAGGAAGAGAAGGAGACAGAGGAAAGACAAAGACAGAGGAAGGAAGAAGACAGAGGAAGAAGGAAGGAAGAGAAGACAGAGAAUGGACAGAGGAAGGAAGAAGAGAGACAGAGUGGAAGAAGAAGAGGACAGAGGAAGAAGAGAAGACAGAGGAAAAAGAGAAGGAAGACAGAGGAAGAGACAUGGACAGAGGUGGAAGAAGAGAAGGACAGAGGAAGAAGACAGGAGACAGAGGAAGAAGAGAAGACAGAGGAAGAAGAAGACAGAGGAAGAAUAGAAGACAGAGGGGAUGCAGUGGAAUGGACAGAGGGAAGAAGAGGAAUAGACAGAGGAAGAAGAGAAGGACAGAGGAAGAAGAGAAGAGACAGAGGUGGAGAGAAAAGUGAAGAAGAAGAGACAGAGGAAGAAGAAGUGAAAGAAGAAGAGAGAAGGAGAGAAGAGAAUGGACAGAGGUGGAAAGAAGUAGAAGAGGUGGAAGAGGAGAAGAAGGAAGGACAGAGGGAAGAAAUAACAGAGAAUGGAAGGAAGGACAGAGGAAGAAUGAGAAGACAGAGGAAGAAGAGAAGUAGAGGAAGGAAGAAGAGUAGACAGAGACAGAGGAAGAAGGAAGGACAGAAGAGAAGAAGAGACAGGAGAUGGAAAUGUAGACAGAGGAAGAAGAGAAGGACAGGUGGAAGAAUGGAGAGGAAGAAGAGAAGAGAAGGAAGAGAAGGAAGGAGGAGAUGGACAGAAGAAUAG